AUGGCUGAAGAGGCCUCCAAAAAGCUCUCCCUCCCGAAGGACUUCCUCUGGGGCUAUGCUACAGCUAGUUACCAGAUCGAAGGAGCUGCCGAUGAGGAUGGCCGUGGCCCCUCCAUCUGGGACACUUUCUCCCACACCCCCGGCAAGACCGCCGACGGCAAAACCGGUGACGUCGCUUGCGAUGCCUACCACCGCCUCGAAGAAGAUGUCGCGCUCCUCAAGUCCUACGGUGCCAAAGCGUACCGCUUUUCGAUCUCAUGGUCGAGAGUAAUCCCUCUCGGUGGCCGCACAGACCCCAUCAAUCCCGCCGGAAUUGCCUACUACCGCAACCUCAUCGACAAGCUGUUGGAAAAUGACAUUCAGCCCUUCGUAACUUUGUUCCAUUGGGAUCUUCCCCAGGCCCUGCAUGACCGUUACCUCGGCAUGCUCAACAAGGAGGAGUUCCAGCUGGACUUUGAGAACUACGCACGCGUAUGCUUCUCACAUCUCCCCAAGGUCAAGAACUGGAUCACGCUCAAUGAGCCCUGGUGCUCGAGUGUUCUCGGAUAUAACACUGGACUGUUUGCGCCUGGGAGGUGCUCGGACCGUACCAAGAGUGCCGAGGGUGACUCCUCGAGGGAGCAUCUGAUUGCAGCCCACAGCUUGCUGCUUGCACAUGCUCGGGCCGUACGACUCUACCGUGCCGAGUUCAAGGAGAAGGCAGGUGGCCAGAUCGGCAUCACACUGAAUGGUGACUGGACCGAGCCUUGGGAUCCGGAAGACCCCCUCGAUGUCGAAGCUGCCGAGCGCAAGCUCGAGUUCGCCAUCUCGUGGUUCGGCGACCCAGUGUACUUCGGAAAGUACCCCGACAGCAUGCGCAAGCAGCUCGGCGACCGGUUGCCCGAGUUCACACCCGAAGAGUCCGCGCUCGUCAUAGGCACCAACGACUUCUACGGCAUGAACCACUACACGGCCAACUACAUCAAGCACGUCGACACACCAGCGGCGGACGACGACAACCUGGGCAACCUCGAGUGCAGCUUCUACAACAAGGCGGGCGACUGCAUCGGGCCCGAGACGCAAUCCGUCUGGCUGCGCCCCAAUCCCGAGGGCUUCCGCAAGCUGCUCAUCUGGCUGCACAAGCGCUACGGCGGGCCCAUCUUCUACGUCACCGAGAACGGAACGUCGGUCAAGGAUGAGCACCUCAAGACCGGAGACGAUCGCUUCAACGACGAACUCCGCUGCGAGUACUUCAAGACUUACAUCACGGCUAUGGCGCGGGCCCGCCAGGAAAGCGGCGUGGAUAUUCGUGGAUACCUUGCCUGGAGUUUCCUGGACAACUUUGAGUGGGCUGAAGGCUAUGUCACCCGGUUCGGUGUCACGUAUACGGACUAUGAGAACGGGCAGAAGAGGACUCCCAAGAGGAGUGCGUUUGUCGUCAGGGAUACAUUUCAAUCUUUGAUCGAGAAAUAG